AUGUCGGUCGCGCAACUUUCACGGUUGCUCCCUUUACCAGAGGAAGAAUUGAAGCAAGUCUUGGACUACGCAGCCACUCUAUCCAAGGCAGAGGCUGUGGAGCACUUUGGCAACCUGCUUGGUGACACUCCUGACGCCAUUGAUUUCAUAUCAUCCUUCAACUCGCGACGCCAGGAACCCAAGGCUGCUGCAUCACAAUCGCGCUCGCAGUCUCAUUCGCAGACACAGUCGCCGUCACACUCAGAUAUCGAUGCAGUGCCCAAGCAUGCCAGGGCACCAAAGAAGAAGAAGGCAAAUCUGCAUACACCUGCACCUCGACAGGUAGCCAGCCUUGGCCCAACCCCCGGUACCGCCUACAGCAAGAAAAAUAUUCAGGAUGACUAUAUUUCACGGAAACCGAGUCCAGGAACGAGCUCGAAUGCUUUUCCACUUCCUGGAGCCUCAAGGCCGCCGCCCAAAUCGGCUACUCCACCACCACCCAAGUUGCCUCCCUCGGCAGCAGGUCACCUGAUAUCAGAGGCGCCCAGAGCCAAGCCCAAGUCCACCCCAGGCUCUCGGUCAUCAACGCCGGCACCAAAGACCAAGGUCAACAUCUCUGGCGGAACCGCUAUGCAUGGUGCAUCAACCGCCUUGUCUGACUUGGACGCUGCCAUCCGCGCACUAGAGAUGACCACCAAUCCAACCAGGGAUACAGACGAUGCUGCAAGAAAAUGCAAUUGUGUUGCCGCACGUCACCCUCUUCUCGCUGCUGCGCCAAAUUGUCUUCAGUGUGGCAAGGUUGUCUGUUUGAAAGAAGGCUUGGGGCCCUGUACCUUCUGUGGUACUCCAAUCCUCAGCUCUACCGAAGUACAGUCCAUGAUCCAUGAAUUGAAGCAAGAGCGCGGUCGUGAGAGAAUGGCAGCCGACAAGGAAGCGCAUAAAAAGGCAGAAGUCUCAAAGAAACCAGCACCAUUCUCCAAGCCAAGAGAGGUAACAGGAAAUCUGAGUGAGGCCGAGGCGAAAGCAAAGGAACAUCGCGAUAGGCUACUAGGAUUCCAGGCCCAAAAUGCACAGCGAACCACUGUCAGAGAUGAGGCUUCCGACUUUGAUGUAACAGGAGCAAGCAUGUGGGCAAGUCCCGAGGAGCGAGCUCGUGAGCUCAAGCGACAACAAAAGUUGAUGCGGGAGAUGGAGUGGAAUGCAAGACCAGAAUACGAGAAACGGAAACAGGUGGUCAGCAUUGAUAUCGUCAAGGGCAAAGUGGUACGCAAAAUUGCAGCUAUGGAACGACCGGAUAGUCCAGAGGAUGACGUUGAGAUUCCAUCGGCGCCGGUGCUCGAGGUGACCAGUGGCAACAGGGGUAAAAACGGAGGCGCCUUUUCGAGGAACCCUCUCCUUGGGGGUCUCAUUAAACCCGUCUUUGACGCAAAGGGUAAGGGUGCAGAGUUAGAAGGCCGUCAAAGCCAAAAGACAAAGUGGCGGAAGGUCCAAGAUGAUCUCGAUAAUAAUGAGGGCGUGAUUCUUGACGGAGGUGCAUACGGCGGUCCUUCUGCCAACGAACAAGCUACAACUGGCGAUGAGCCUGCGUGUGGCUAG